UCCGUUUGUGCGGGCACCAACAACAGCACGAGCUCUGCUUCACUGUAGGCGACUCUCACGUCACAUCGCUGGCUCCCAAUCCUGGUCCCCAUCGACAACUCAGGCAUGCAGGUACUAAGCGUGGGUUGUUCCCCGCUUGCCGGGGGACCCGUUUGAUAUCCUCCCCGAAUCUCCGAACCUCCUCACCCGCACCGGGCCUACGACAAGCCUCCGCAGGCUUUGGUGUGUUUACUGUAACUACAAAAAGCCCAUAUAAGCGCCAAUCUCGCGCGUGCCUAGGCGCCAAAUAUGCACUAAGGUAGGCUCCAUGUCCCACCUCCCCGAAUAUCGCCCAUGCCUCAGUUUUCGGCGUUGCGUAUGCCGUUGAGCCGUGGGUUUUUGGAGAUUAUACUUGUACAUGAGGAGCGCAUCGUGACCUACAAAGUUCGGCAGAUAUGGAUGGCAUCUUUGCCGCAUCGUGUUUUGCAAGCUCAAAUGUGCAAAUGACCCAAGAGAAAAUACACUGCGAAGUGAGAGCUCCCCUCUAUUCCGCCUCGCGAGACAUGUCCGAGCGAGUGAGAACCCUUUUGGACUUGUCAUACCGGACGGCCGUCGGUCUUUCGGGCCAAGUUGCAGGUCUAGGCCGUUCUCAAAUGCUCAAAAAAUGACGCGUUACAGACUGCGAUGAGGAGCUGUUGCUGAUUGGAUCUCGAGAGACUGGAAGCUACACGACGCUGAUCCCCCCACGGAUGUCUGCAUUCUGUUCACACCCACAUGUUUGAACACGGUGGCAGGUGGUGCUCCUCUGGAUUCCAUGUUCUCAAGGCUCGAAAUCCUCACCGCGGGUUUUUUUCGUUUCAUUUUUCCCGUUCACAUCGUCUGUGUCGAUAAGGCAUCGAAUCGAGCGGCGGCCGGAGCGUCAUCGAGGUAUGAUAUGAAGUG